CGGACAGCAGGGGAUCUGGACCACGCUGUAUGUGUGCUGUUAGCACCCUUUAGGCAGUGUGACUUCGGAAUCAAUGUAAUGGAAAGAUUAAAGGACCUCUCUCUGCCCCUCUGAUAAAUAGAUUACAAGGGAUUGGCUUAUGUAAAGACUGUGGCUGGAGCUGCUGCUUUGUAUUUUUUUUCCUCCUUAAAGUCAGCUUAAGGGGGGGGCGGGUGGGUUGGCUUGAAUCAAUCUAAACCAUUGCUGGCCGGCAGAACAGCACUUGAGUUGGCAGCGAGUUUGCAACUUCGGCAGACUGUUUCUGCUCCUCUGCUGGGAGAACACCCAGCCUGGAACCCCUGUAGAUGGAUUACGAAGAGGACGAUGAUGAUAUUCUUUUUGCUAAAUGGAUGAGUAGCUAUUGGGGCCACAGUGGAAUAGAGGGCGGCGAGAAGGAAGGGAGAAACCACAGAAAACGCCAGUCACGUGCCUUGAGUGAAAGGAGAGCAUCCUUACCUUGUCCGGCUCAGCUGUCUGCAAUGCAUGUAGCGAGGUUCCACUCGGCUUCCAAAGCACCAUCUCCCGUCUACCUUAAGGGCUUUAAGGAUUUUCGUGAGGAUAGAGACAGCAAAUGCCACAUGAAGAUCAAUAAAGUUUUUUCGGGGGAUGGCUCACUGCCAGAGACCAAGGGACAGAAAAAGAGAUCAAAUUCUAUCCAAGAGUUUUCUGAAUCCUUUGAGAAGCAACUACGCUUCAGAAGCAAGCGCUCCACAUCUUUGGGAGAGCAAUCAAUAAGUCGGAGGAAUUCGUCCGGCAGAGGGAAGGAUGAAGAUGAUGACCCCUGUGUUAUUUGUCAUGAUGACCUCCAUGUUGGCAGUAUCUGGGAACUUCACUGCAUGCACAGAUUUCAUAAGGAGUGCAUUGAAAAAUGGCUCUUCAAGAAGCAAACCUGCCCCACUUGUCGGGUUCAAGUCGUCACGGCCAAGUCAUUUUUCUUAUCUACUUCUCGAAUGAAAGUUCCAUGAAGACAUUAUACAACUGGAACACAAAUCACUUUUAUCUGGUUUUAUAAGAAAAAGGAAAAACCCAGACUGCCUUACGGCUUUGUUUCACAAGCUAUCUGAAAGAGCGUAGCUUUGUUUUUUAUGAUAGAAUCUUAUUUUUUAUGAUAAAAUUAACAUUUCAAGUGAAAAUCUAGUGCUACAGUGUACACAAUUUUGAAGUUAGAUAAUUUAUAUUAGCUUUAUUAAUAUAAUGCACUGUAAAUAAAAUAUUUGCUACAUUUAGCUGUGUUUCUCUGUUUUUGUUGUUACAGGGUAAUAGGUUUCAAACCAUUGGUAUCAGUGUUAUCAAAUGCUGGCAUUAGUGGGUUUAAUAAACUCGGAACCCCCCUAUUAACAAUGUUAAAUGGCGUCUAACCACAUUGACAUCAUCAUUUUCUAAAUCUACAAUUACGUCCCUAUAGUAUAACUGAAUAUAUGCCCCCCGCCUUCUGCGG